AUGGACAAUCGCCGCCUCUACGCGCUGCAGCUCACGGCCAUGGACCUCUGGCCGCGGCGCUGCCGGGUGCGCUGCUUGCGCAGGGAGCGCUUGCCCCGGCACAAGUUCAAGACCCAGUACCGGAAGUUCAACACGACGAGCUCGGGGCGCUGCAUCGAUGUUUGCACCAGGUACCAGCAGUUCGACACCUGGAGCUGGUACGAGCGGGCCCUCGAAAUCGAGGGGUACUCGCUGUCCCGGCGGCUUGGGUCCAUGCUGUGUAUCUUCGAGGCUGCACCGGUGCUCGGGGCUUUGCUCUUCCGCAGCGGCCUCACGGGCUUCGAGUCCCGCCGACCCCUAGUCCUCGGAUUCCUGCUGGCCUUCGGUGUGGACUUCCUGCGGCAGCAGGUGCCAGUCUUUGAGCGUGCGCUCUCCGACCUCCAGGUCAGGGCCAUCAUGGAUGGCGAAGCGCUGCAGAUGACGUCCUGGUGGAAGAAGGAGGGGGAGGAGCCGUGCGGCGUCUGCCCAGCGCAGUUGGCAGCCACCCUGGCCGUGGCCCUGGUGCUUCUGCUGCCGUACAUCCUCGGGGUGGCCCGGGAGAAAGUGCGCUCCUCGCUCCUCUCGUGCUGGUUCGGCAUUGCUUUUAUGCUGACAUUGCAGCUGGCCUCCGUGGGCUGGAAGUUGUGGUCCAGAGGUCGCUCGGCUGCUGCGGUCCCGCUCGGCGGAGCGAAGGAAGUAGAGGAGGCGGAGGAGGCGGAGCGGGAGGAGCCAGAGGACAAAACCACAAAAAGCCGCGACGACGCCGAGGAGGCUACGCAGGCGACGCAGACGGCGGCCACCGGCUCAUAG